AAACGACUCAGUUCUUCACUGGUUAAAUGAGUUUUUGUUAAAUUUACUGAUUUUAAAACAAACCAACAUCUGUAAACAUUUUACAGUUUAACAAGUGAUCUUAUUAAACACAAGAAUAAUUCAGAAACAUUUAGGGCCAAUCCAGAUUUACAGCCUGAUUUGUGUGACUGAAAACAUAAAUUUAAAUAGUUUAUUUUUAAUUGUGAAUAAAUGCGAAAUCACUGUUGUUUAUGAAACAAACAUAAUUAGUUGUUUUGUCAUUCUGAGCACUUUAAAGCAGAUUUAUGUUUCACAUGUCUGACCUGGUUGAACCUGAGAGGAUUAAUGUUUUCAGAGACAUUAAUCAUGUCUGACAUGUUCCUGAUGAAAAGGACCAGUUUAACUUUGUUUAAAUCCUCUGAAACAGAUUAAAUUAAAUUAAUAAAGAAUAAAAACUGAGCUGCAGUUCCGGCCUCCGGCCAGCGGCGGCAGCACUGAGCCGAGGAGGCACCGGCGCCAUCUUUGUUUCUUCAUCAACAUCACUUCCGGUGUCUGCUUUGUUUGUUUCUCUGUCGGAACCAGCGGUUCUGCUCAGCAGAUCAGUCACACCUGUCCUCAGGUGUGGACCAUGUGGACGCGCUGGGCUCGUUGGACCUGACGUCCUGAUUCGACCCGGCCCGCCUCCGCUGCUGCUGCUAGCAUCACAGCUAACGGUUCUGGUCCCACAGAGGUCCUGAGGAGAUGAAUGGAGUGGAGCAGACAGAGGAGGACUGUCAGCAGCUUCCUGCUCCAGGUCAGAGGUCAUCAGGUCACAGCUCACCAGGAUGGUCGGCGGAUCUGGACCCCCAGGCUGGCUCCACAACAGACGAGCCGCCGUUAAAACGCAGCAAAUCCAAACGCCUUCACUUCUGCUCGCUGUGCGGCCGCGGCUUCGCCGGCCCGUCCCGCCUGGCGGACCACAUGGCGGCCCACGCCGGCUACAAGCCGCACAGCUGCUCCACCUGUGGCAAACGCUUCACCAAGAAGAUCAACGUGUACAUCCACCAGAGGGUCCACACCGGAGAGAAGCCCUACUCCUGCCCACACUGCGGGGUCAGCUACUCCCAGAGAGGCUGCCUGAGGAGGCACCUGGUCCUCCACACCUCUGAGAAACCCUACUCCUGCUCCUUCUGUGGGCGGGGCUUCAUCCAGCGCCGCUACCUGGUGCAGCACGAGCGCACGCACACCGGGGAGAAGCCCUUCUGCUGCUCGCUGUGCCCCAAACGCUUCGCCUCCAGGAGCGGCCUGGUGGACCACCAGAACAGCCACGCCGAGCAGAAACAGUACUCCUGCUCGCUCUGCGAGAAGUCCUUCUCCUCCGCCUCGUCCUUCAGGGACCACGUCCAGCUGCACACGGGGCAGAAACGCCACCCCUGCUCGCUGUGCAGCCGCAGCUUCAACCGGCCCGGGCUGCUGAGGAAACACCUGGAGAAACACGCCGACGGCUCGGCCAACAAGGAGGAAGAGGCUCUGCACUGCUUCCUGUGUCAGGAGGACUUCAGCUCCUCCAAGCAGCUGCAGGAGCACAAGCGCCUCCUGCACACGGCGCCGCGCUACACCUGCGACAUCUGCGGCCGCGGCUUCUCCCGCUCGUCCCGCCUGACCGACCACAUCCGCUCCCACACCGGAGAGAGACCCUUCCAGUGUCACGUCUGCAUGAAGCGCUUCACCGUGCAGCGAGCGCUCAGGAAGCAUCAGGAGAUCCACAGCCGGGAGGAGACCACCGCCGCCACCGCCAGGCCACACUGCUCCGCCCUGCAGCCCACAGAGCAGCAGACCUCCCUGACUCCGUCCCUGCUGGAGGACCACCUGAAGAGCAGCGGCGGCGCAGCAGCAGCAGAGGCUCCGCCCCCGAGCUCGGCGAGCACAAAGAGAGCCAAUAAGAAGAGGCAGAAAGCUCACAGCUGCAGCAUCUGUUCCAAGAGCUUCAUGAAGCCCUACAUGCUGAGAAAACACAUGAGGGUCCACAUCCGGGACGGGGUCAUCCCAGACCCUGCAGACAAGGAGUUUUGGCUCCAGGUGAAGACUGAGGAAGAGGAGGAGGAAGAGGUGAUAAAGGUGGAGGUGGACUCUGAGGACCUCUGCACCAACAGCGCCGAGCCCGACGCCCCCCAGUCCAAACCUGAGGCUGGUGACCAGGUGGGCGUGGCCUUGGAGGGGGGCGAGCGGCGUGAGGAGGACGUCAGCGGUCUGAUCAACUCUGAAGGAGAGGAGGAGCAGUGGAAGCCAGUGAAAGUUGAACCAGACGUGUCUUCAGAAGCUGAGGCUCCGCCCACAGACGGCGGCUCUGGCGGGAAAAGCAAACACAGCUGUCCGGUGUGUGGGCGGGACUGUUUCAAAGCCUCGGCGCUGCAGAAACACCUGCGGGUGCACUCAGGUGAGCGGCCCUUCCAGUGCGCCACCUGCAGGAAGGGCUUCGUGCAGCAGGCCCACCUGAAGGAGCACCAGAGGAUCCACACCGGAGAGAAACCCUACACCUGCAGCGUGUGCAGCAAGAGCUUCACCUUCUCCAGCGCCCUGCGCCGACACCUGCGGGUGCACACCGACGCCCGGCCCUACCAGUGCCCCGUCUGCCACAAGUCCUUCAAGCAGCUCUGCGUGCUCAAGAGCCACCAGAUGAUCCACUCGGGGGUCCGCUUCCAGUGCCCCCUGUGCAGCAAGAGCUUCAGCCGGGCCCUGGAGCUCACCUACCACGUGGACACGCACUCCGACGCCCGGCCCUACUUCUGCCACGCCUGCCAGAAGAACCUGAGCGGGGCCAGGAUCUACCGCAAGCACAUGAAGAAACACGAGGAGGCCGGGUCCCAGCAGGGUCUGCCCAGACCGGGGUCUGCUGAGACCUGCUGAGACCUGCUCAGACCUGCUGAGACCUGCUGAGACCUGCUGAGAC